GAUAAACUUAGAGUUAUCUCCCUUCAUGGUGGCGUCGUUGCAUGACUUCCGUAACAACGUCUUUUUCUUCGUAAUGGUUUUCCGAAAUAUAUAGAAAUGAACAGCAAAACAUGAGUAACUUAACUCCAGACACACCAGCGUGUAACUGGGAGUCUGUGGUCUUGGGAAGGGACAACAGGUCAGGUGCUACACCAGAUCUUGGGGCUAGUGGAAACAGUGGAUCACCUUUAUCUACCAGAUGCAGCCUAACUUCAAGAAAACUCCAGUUUGAGUCAGGUUGUACAAACGGAAAUACAGCUGGCACUCCACGCAUCUCAACAGAACCAUGGAGAGACACUCAAGAGUUUUCCCCACCAUUCCAAAACACAACCAACACGCACUUCGUCCUGCCAUCCGGACACCAGCAAAGCCCUCCUCUUCAGCCAUUGCAGACACGGGCCCACGGGUCUGGCUAUCCAAGCAGCUGUAGCAGAGCACCAUUUCAAAAUGAAUACACAGGUUUACGAAAAUAUGACAUGAGUGAACAUAAAUCAGGAAAUGGAUUAAACAAUGAAACCCAUUGUAAACAAGCAAUGUCUAGAUGUCUUGAAGCAUCUGGUCCCAGCAACAUCAAUGAUAUCAACAGAUGUAUCGUGUAUUCAGCACAGUCCAAGGAUCUGACUCCGAUCAGCAAUAUGCUGAAGUCGUGCCAAGUGUUUCAUCCACUGGACGCAGUUCCAAAGACGCCUAGGUCAUCCCCCGUGAAGGGACCAGUACGGUCGUUAAUGGACGGUGGGGAUGCAUUGGAUGUGAGGGGCCUGGCUUCCCGGUUGUCCAAGAUGCAGUCGGAGUCCAGUAUGCGAGAUGCACUGCAGGAGUACAUCCACACACACGUUCCUUCUGUUGAAGGUGCAGUGGACUCGCUGAUUGAGGACACGGUCCAGCAGAUUGCUACUGUUAGUCUGCGAGACAGGAAUCCUAGGAGGUGUGUCUCUGGCAUUACAGCAACACGAGACUGGCUGAAGCUUCAAAAUGGCUGUGGAGUAGGCGCCUCUCCUUCCAGAAGCAAUAACCACGGAAAGCCACAGCCAACGAGUCCCCAUUGGGUUCACUCAAAGUCCUUAAGUCCAAACCAAAAGAACUUAAUGUCACCAAAUCAUCACCAAACAGCUUUAUCUUCAUCCGUUCCAAAUCAAUCGGGAUUAGGUUCGGGGAAUCAGAACUGGCAGAUCACACAAUCCUAUCCCAAUGGUUCGCGCGUCUAUGUUAACCUACCGUCAACAAGUUCGAGUCGGGAUGAUUUCAAUCGGCGACAGGUAUGUCAGAUUCUAGGCGUGUCAUCAUCAGAGAUGGUUGAGUUGGACAGCAUGAGUCUACAUCGGCGAAAUGAGUACACGCUCCCGGGAUGCAACGAUGACAACCAGAAGGUGACGGAGGUGUACGACAUCAGCGGCGAGGUACUCUACACCGACUACGUGUCUCCAGAAGAACGCCGAUACGAACAUUACCUAUCAAAGACGUGCCACAGGUCAAAGAGGAAGUUCCAGGAUGUUGACAACAUGGAUGGACAUUGGGGGAAGAGGAAGAUGUCUUUUGUGAGGGAAGAACUCACAGAUUCCCGGCUUAUUAGGUUCAACAAUGGCUCGUGGAAUUAAUUAUCAAAUUAUAUGCUAGUCUGUUAAAUAAACCUUAAACCUUGGAGAAGGGAAUUUCGAAGAAUUUUAUUAGAUAUCCGAAUGCAGAAUUAUAAACUAAUUAAAACUUGAUCAGUAUUCUUGACUUGAAGGAAUGCUUGGACUCUUUCUAAGCACAAAAUCUUUAGUGUUAUGUAUUUGUCAAUAUGAACUGUUAUAAUAUUUUUAUAAUGUAUAUUUUAUGUGAAACUAGUGCUCUAGACACAUUCCACAUUCAGCCUAAUUACAAAUGUAUUGUAUUAAUUUAGAAAGCAUCUGUGACGUGCGCUAUAUCUUUCGAUAAUAAAAUCCAGUACUAUACAAUUAUAA